CAAUUAAAUUUGGAUUUUUCCCAUCACUUUGUAAAUCUUUCUCCAUCCCUCCCUCCCCAUGUUUUGUGAUUACACAAAUAAUUCAUUCAUAUAGACAAGACAAUGUAACAGUCAAUAUUAUAUGAAUCUGUAAUUCUUGUUUGUAUAAAUAAAAAAAAAUCCUUCUUGAAGCCAUUAAUGUCAUCUGUUUCCAUUCUUCCUUCAUUUAAUAGUCUCAAAUUAUGACAGAACUAUUAUUGUCUUGAGAGAAAGCUCACAGCUUUCUCCAUCAUCCAUUCAAGAAUCUGCAGUUUCCAAAGUACAUUUUUAUUGGAUUGGUGUGUUUUUAAUUUCUUUUUCUGGGUGAUUUCUCCAUUAUCGGUCAAGAAUUCUUGAAGAGGAGAAGAGGUAUGGGGAAAACAGGGAAAUGGAUCAAGCAUUUCUUGACUGGGAAGAAGGACAAGGAGAGAGUGGGAAGGGCCGGGGAUGAGAUUCCGGCGACACCGGUUUCUGCCGGGCAUCCCAGGGAGAAGAAGAGGUGGAGCUUCCGGCGGUCCUCCGCCACCGCACCGCCACCGGCGGCCGGAGAAAGACAACACAGGGAUUUGGUCGGCGCUGCAGCAGAGACAAGCAUUCGUACCGCCCUUCCUCCGAAUCGGAAGGAAGAGUUUCCCGAACCGGAUCCGGGCAAGAAGAUGCAGGAAUUGGCGGCGGCGGCGGCCACGGUUGUCGCCGCAGCUAAGGCGGCAGUGGCCGUGAUCCAACUGACCUCUGGCGGCGGCGGCGGCGGCAGGGCUUAUCCGGCAGAAGAGGCUGCAGCCAUCACAAUUCAGUCUGUUUUCCGGGGUUACUUGGCAAGGAAAGCGUUGAAUGCGUUGAAAGGGCUGGUGAAGUUGCAGGCGCUGAUAAGAGGGCAUUUGGUGAGGAAACAGGCGGCGGCGACGCUGAGGUGCAUGGAGGCGCUCAUAACAGCUCAGGCCAGAGCUCGAGCCCAGCGCCUGAGAAUGGCCGGAGAUCAAGAAACCGGCCACCACAACAACCGGAGGUUAUUAUUAUCUCUUCAUGGCAAAUCCUCUCACGACAACAAAUCCCGACACCCUUCUUAUCAGGAUCAUGAGAGAGAAGAAGGGAGAAGAGUGGAUGAAGCGAUCAUGAGGAUAAUGGAGAUGGACCUGAUGGGAGACGGGUCAAGGAAAAAGCAAGAGGCCCAACACAUGUCCCCGGCCCCAUCAGCCAUGACGGACCAAAGCCCAAGAGUCUUUAGCUCGCACUUCGAGGACUAUUCAUAUUCCACCCCGCAGAGCAGCCCACAUUGCCAGUCCAAGCCCACAACCCCAAUCCCCUACGCCGCCGACUCACUCUACCACGAAUACCCAUUCUACCCCAGCUACAUGGCCAACACCGAGUCUUCGCGGGCCAAGGCCCGGUCCCAUAGCGCCCCGAAACAGCGGCCCACGGACACGUUCGACCGGCAGCCCAGCAGGCGGAGGCCGUCGAUCGAGGGGAGGAACUUGCCGCGCGCGGUCAGGAUGCAACGGUCGGCGUCUCAGGUGGGGUCCGCCGCACAGAAUAACUAUCCGUGGUCAAUCAAGCUUGACCGGUCAAACGUUUCGGUCAAGGAUAGCGAGUGUGGGUCCACCUGCAGUGUUCUCACGACCAACACAAUGUACAGUAGACACGUGGUUGGCUUUGAGGUCCAAGGAUAUAGGUACUGACUUGAUAAAGAUAAGCCAGCUGACCAAUAAACUCGAAGGAGUAUAUACAUGUUAUGAUAUAAGUCAUUUUAAAUUGAAUGUUUGUUUUUUUUGUAUGGUUUGGAAGUGGGGCAUAUUUUGUACUUUAAAUAUAUAAAUUGUAUAGUUUUACACUUUCAAGAUUUUAUUUGAAUUAUAUACCUAGUCUGUGGCUGUGUAUUGCAUCGCAUAGUGAAAGUUUCCUUGCACAAUAAAAAAUAUAUUUUUCGUGCAAGU